CGCGCGCCGCCUUGUUCACUUUACGCAUGCGUGGCGUGGUCUAGUGGCUACUGGAGCUAGAAGAUGGCGGCUUCCGCGGUCUGCCGGGUGGCCGGCACCGGCAGUCGAGUGCUGCUGCGCACCUGCCGCUCGCAGCCGGCCUUGCUGAGGUCUCCUGCGUUGCGGGGCACCGCCACCUAUGCCCAAGCUCUCCAGAGCGUGCCAGAGACGCAGGUCAGCCAGCUGGACAACGGGCUGAGAGUGGCCUCGGAGCAGUCCUCCCAGCCUACCUGCACGGUGGGUGUGUGGAUUGACGCGGGCAGCCGUUACGAGAAUGAGAAGAAUAAUGGGGCAGGCUACUUUGUGGAGCAUCUGGCUUUCAAGGGAACAAAGAAUCGGCCUGGCAGUGCCUUGGAGAAGGAGGUGGAGAGCAUGGGGGCCCAUCUUAAUGCCUACAGCACCCGGGAGCACACGGCUUACUACAUCAAAGCGCUAUCCAAGGACCUGCCAAAAGCUGUGGAACUCCUGGCCGACAUUGUGCAGAACUGCAGCCUAGAAGACUCCCAGAUUGAGAAGGAGCGUGAUGUGAUCCUACAGGAGCUGCAGGAGAAUGACUCGUCUAUGCGGGACGUGGUCUUUGACUACCUGCAUGCCACGGCAUUUCAGGGCACGCCUUUAGCUCAGUCCGUGGAGGGGCCCAGUGAGAAUGUCAGGAAGCUGUCUCGGGCAGACUUGACAGAGUAUGUCAGCCAGCAUUACAAGGCCCCUCGAAUGGUGCUUGCAGCAGCUGGAGGGGUGGAGCACCGGCAGCUGCUGGACCUCGCCCAGAAGCACUUCAGCAGCCUCUCUGGGACAUACGUUGAGGACGCUGUGCCUGCUUUUACUCCGUGCCGCUUCACCGGCAGUGAGAUCCGCCACCGUGACGAUGCCCUCCCUUUGGCCCAUGUGGCCAUUGCAGUGGAGGGGCCCGGCUGGGCCAACCCGGACAAUGUGCCCCUCCAGGUGGCCAAUGCCAUCAUCGGCCACUAUGACUCCACUUACGGUGGUGGCACAGUGAGUGCUGGGGUGGGCAUGGGGUCGGAUCUUGUCUUCAGGGAAGAGAGGGAGCUGGGCUGUGGGUGCUUAUGCUGUGGGGUUUGGGCAUGGGCCAUAGACAGGAGGGUGGGUGCUGAUCACCCUCACCCCUGGCAGCACAUGUCGAGCACACUGGCCUCAGUUGCUGCUACCAGAAAGCUGUGCCAGAGUUUCCAGACUUUCAACAUCUGCUACGCAGAGACUGGUUUGCUUGGCGCUCACUUUGUCUGUGACAACAUGAGCAUUGAUGACAUGAUGUUCUUCCUGCAGGGCCAGUGGAUGCGCCUGUGCACCAGUGCCACAGAGAGUGAGGUGGUCCGGGGCAAAAACAUCCUCAGAAAUGCCCUGGUGUCUCAUCUGGAUGGCACCACUCCUGUGUGUGAGGACAUUGGACGCAGUCUCCUGACCUAUGGGCGCCGCAUCCCCCUAGCUGAGUGGGAAAGCCGGAUUGCGGAGGUGGAUGCCAGUGUGGUGCGUGAGGUCUGCUCCAAGUACUUCUAUGACCAGUGUCCAGCAGUGGCUGGACUGGGCCCCAUUGAGCAGCUUCCAGAUUAUAACCGGAUCCGCAGCGGCAUGUUCUGGCUGCGCUUCUAGCCAAGAAGCCUGUGCAGACAAGAGGGUGGGGCCGGGGUUCGUGGUCCCCCCACCACAAACGUACCACCUCAGCUCUUCAAACCUGUGCUACACGUUACCACCAAUAAAGUCUUGUUUGGAGAA